UGAAAGUCUUGUGGAGCUCCUGUGCGACGCAGAUGGAGAGAUAGUUAGCAUGACAGUCAUGCUCCUCAGCUUUAUCUCCCGGGACAAGGACAUGCUGAUAGGCAGCUCCAUUGCACUGCGGCUGGUUGAGGCGCUCCUGCCACUCUUUGACCACGACAAUAGCCAGGUGCAGCUGCUCUCCAUCCUGCUCUUCCAAACAUUGCUGUCUCUUCCACUGGAAAAGGACAAAAAGGCCCUGAAGACACACGUGCGCCAGAGCCUGCUGCCACUCUUCUUCCACUGCCAUGAUGAGGAUGGGCGUGUGGCACAGGCUUCUCAGGAAACGCUGCUUUGUGUGGCCCAGUUCCUGAAGAGGAGGGAUCUGGAAAAAGUGGUGAAGAACAAGAAGCUGUGGAAGUUCACCGAGUGCCUGCUGGCAGACGACAGCAGCAGAGCGGCCGAGCACCUGCGCCAGGCCAUGCCCUACCUGGAGAGCCCAGAGGAGCCCCUGCGAGAGGCGGCCAUCAGGUUCCUGGGGAUGGCCGGGCGGCAGCUGAGGGGGAAGAAGGAAGAGCUCCAGCUCAUCUGUGAGGCCCUUGAAGGCACGGCAAAUGACAUCAGCGUCGCCGUUGGAAGCCUGGCAAUUCAAACGUUGUACAUCCUCCAGGCAGUAGAGAGAGCUGGAUAUUCCCUCUUGGACAGCCUGCAUGAUCAGCUCCGCAGGGCAUGGAGGACACGGCCUCGUCUCUUGGGGCUCGGCUGGCUGCGCUGCCGGAGCUGUGCAGAGUGCUGAUCCCAGAGGCUCUGUCUGCUGGGGCCACCUGAGCCAGCAGGAGUGUUUAA